UCGUGUUGUUUUAAUUAAUUUUUGUUUACCAAUUAUACGAGCCCGGGUUACCGAUCAAACGAUGGAGUCGCCGAGGAAAUUUAACGAUUGCUAUUUUUAUUAUUAUUCCACGUGCACUAAGGGGGAUAAUUGUGUAUUUCGUCACGAGCCAUCAGCCCUAGGCUGUGAAACAAUGUGCACUGCUUGGCAACAAGGCAAAUGUCUUGAUAAAGGCUGUAAAUUACGCCAUAUGGAACUUAGGAAAAAUCGUAAGCAGAUCCCCUGUUACUGGGAAAAUCAGCCUGGAGGCUGUCGUAAGAAGCACUGUCCUUUUAUGCAUAAGAAUCCUGAUGCUCGCACUGAUGGUAUAGCACCCAGCCAACCAGCACCCAUGAUUAAUGCUCAAGUCACUAGCAAUGUGCCAGAGUCCUUAGUGGAGAGCGGGCCUAUGAGUGCGAGUGUAGCGGCUGUCGCCGCAGUGCCCGCCCCUGCUCCUGCACCGGUACCCCUUCUUUGGCCACAGCAGAGACAACAAGUGGUCCUUGAUUCCGCGAUAUUGGGCGUGCUGCCGGGCACGAGCGAGCUGCUACCGCGACGCGUGGUGGCGGCGCACGCGCACGCGCACGCACACGCGCAUGCGCAUUCACAUGCGCACUCGCAUGCGCAUGCACACGAGCCGCAGCCCAGUCCGUAUGCGCCGCUGCCCGUCGACCCCCUCGUCGUCAACUUCGAGGAAGAGUCUGAUAACGAAAGUGCCCCUUCCUCGACGCCUACUAAAACCGUCUCGUCGGACGACGCGCAGAAAAUUGCGCGCACGAAAUCGCAGGAGCUCCUGCUCUUGGAGAAAAUUCAGGCGGAAGCCGCAGCCUUCUACAGCUACGAUUCCCUCCCUCAAGCCGAGCCACCUGUAGAGCGGAAAAUAGUCAGAACGAACCUAACCAGUAAAUACGAUAAGUUGUCUCUCGACGAGAUAUCAGGUAAGCAGCCGACGACAGAAAGGUCGAGCUCGUUAGAUUUUAAAGUUCUAUCCUUAGACGAAAUCAAAGCGAGGAAAAAAGUCUCGGAAACAAUUAUACACCAAACACCCAUAACUCUAAAUUUAAGUAGGAAAAGAAAAUUGUCUACCCACGAAACGAUUACAACGUCUGGUGAUAAAAUUAUCAAAGUUGUCAGAAGUAAUUCAAUUGUUUAUAAGAAAUUUGACAAGAAUGCGCCAGUACAAACCUGCCAAACUAAAACGGGACCAAAACGAAACGAGGAAAUUAAUAAUAGGAAGCGAACGUUGUCAGAACACAGUGACCUGUACGAGAUUCAGAAUGAACUUGUAGAUAACUGUUACGAGUUUAAGAGAAUUAAAAUAGCUGAACAAAUACCUAAACCUAGGUUAGUGAGAAAUAGGAGCUCGACUAAAUCGUUUAGUGAAAGUAGAGACGAAGAAUAUGAUAUUUCUUGUAAAAACGACUCCGAUACGGAAGUACAAUUUAUUAGUGUAGAAGUAGGGCACUCUGAUGUAGCAAUAAUGAAUGAUGAUGACGUCAUCGAUCUAGAAACUACUAGAAUAGCUGAACCCGUGGACAUUGUGGAUUUAUGUGAUGAACAUGAUGAUAAUGAAAUUGCUGUAUCCGAUUUAGACUUAGAUUUAGUCAAAAAUGUCCCUGAUGUUGUAGCGAGCUGUCAAAAAUUUUUAAAGAGAAAUGAAAGCACUGAGAAUGAUUUGCUCAAUGAUAUCGAUGCUAUUUUGAAUGAGAAAUUAUGAUCAAGGUUGCUUUUUAGGUUGUAAAUUCAAUUAUAGAUAAUGAAAUCGAACCAAUUGAUGAUACAACGAAUGUAGAGUGCUAGUUGGUAUUAAAAGUACAAAAUAAUUGAAAACAGUGUUUUCAAAUUUACAUGUAGUUUUUUGCAUGUAGGAUUUUGUACGUAAUUAAGAUAUUUCUGAAUAUAAAUAUUCAUUGAUAUGAGCUCAAAAUAAGUGAUUCAUUCAAUUAUUAAAAUAAGACCAAAACGUGUAGGCAUACCUUUAGGUAUGAAUAUUAUAUUAUUGUUUCAGAUGAAAUUAGAUUGAAUUAUUAAUUCAAUAUAUUACUUCAAUAUUGUAUAAUCUUGUGAUGUUGAUGUAUUGUGUUCAAUUGUUCAUAGAUAGAAAUUAUCUAUAAAAAUACAUUUUCAAGUCACUUCGGUGUGAAAUA